GAUUCUUUUACUUUUGUUUUCUUGUUUUUUAAAUUUUCAUAUGUUUAUGUUGUUUUCGAGUUAAAGAGAGACUUUGUUUUCUUUUGGGUCAUCUUAACAAAUCCUAGAAAGAAAGAGAGCUCGAGUCUUCUCUUUCACACUAUGGUAUUAUGCGGUCUUUCUUUAUAUGAUCUCAUCGAUCAACUUUAACAAGGUUUGUUUUUUGUCGUUGUUUCUUGUUUUUUCUUUUUUUCUUUCUUGGUUUGAGUUCAUUCGUAAGAGAAGCCAUUGAAGAUUGUUUUAAAAGAAAUAAGUAAGUUUCAUCUUAUUAGUGUUUUUAUUUCAGCAUGGAGCCUUUAAGCCUCUCUUUGAUUGUUUUUGUCAAGAACAUUUUGAUUACUCAAUUACCCACUUGGGCAUUUUGAGCUAUUCUAAUGAUGUCCUUGUUAUUGAGGGCUUAAGGGCUUAGCAAUUGAGGUUUUGGUUUAUUGAGUUUUGGGUUUAAGCAUGGAGGAGAUUGAGGAGGCAAAUAAGGCAGCUAUUGAGAGCUGCCAUAGAGUUAUUGACCUCCUAUGUCAAUCGAGAGAUCAAGUUCAGUGUAGGAAUUUGCUGAUUGAAACAGGAGAGACUGUGUCUAAAUUUAAAAGAGUUGUGUCUCUUUUAGGCACUAGUUUAGGUCAUGGAAGAGUGAGAAAAUUAAACAAGUUCAGAUCAUCUUUGCCUCAAAAUAUCUUCCUUGAUAGCCCUAAUUGCAAAACAAUUUUGGCACCAAAGCCUCUCCAAAUGGUGCCUGCUAAUUUUCUUGAAACCCCACUUCCUGAAAUUGAUUCCAAGACUACAUCUUGCUUACACCCUUCAAAGAAAAUGUUUCUUGAAAAUCCAGUUCUUGAAAUGAACUCAAAUGUUAGGCCUCCUCUUCAAAUUGCCCAAAUUAAGCCAUCACAACAGUACCAAUUUCUUCAACAACAGCAGCAAAUACAGAGGAUGCAAUUUCAACAGCAACAACAAAUGAAAUAUCAAGCUGAUAUGAUCUAUUCUAGGAGUAAUAGUGGAAUUAACCUUAAAUUUGAUGGUUCCACUUGCACACCAACCGUGUCAUCAACAAGAUCAUUUAUAUCAUCUUUAAGCAUGGAUGGUAAUUUUGAUGGAGAUUCAUUUCAUUUGAUUGGUGUGCCUCAGUCAUCUGAUCAAAUCUCACAACAGACAAGAAGAAGGUGUUCUGGUAGAGGUGAAGAUGGUAGUGUUAAAUGUGGAAGCACCGGUAAAUGUCACUGUUCAAAGAGAAGGAAACUAAGGGUGAAGAGAUCCAUAAAGGUGCCUGCUAUUAGUAACAAGGUGGCAGAUAUUCCUCCUGAUGAGUAUUCAUGGAGGAAAUAUGGCCAAAAGCCAAUUAAAGGCUCUCCACAUCCUAGGGGAUACUAUAAAUGUAGCAGCCUAAGAGGUUGCCCAGCAAGAAAGCAUGUAGAGAGAUGCCUAGAAGAUUCUUCAAUGCUAAUUGUCACUUAUGAAGGUGAGCAUAAUCAUUCCAGAUUGCUCUCAUCACAAUCUGCCCAUACAUGAAACGAAAGCAGUAAUCUUGAUUGAAACUUAUUUCAAGAACUCAAAUUUCCAAAUGGUUAUUUGUGAAUUACUACUGUAUAUAAAAUAUUCAGUUCAAACUCAUGAUAUACUGAAUUAGAUAUAUGAUCAGUUGAAAAAGGUUAGUCAUUGAGUUUGAGCUACUCCUAUAUAGAACAGGCAUCAAAUUAAAAAUUGUAAACUUGUGCUUCCUUAUAUAUUGAAUUAUUAUUAGUAUCUUUUAGUUUAA